CCGACCAAAUUAAGAAGAAAGGAAUUUCACUGUCAUCUCCUGAACUUCUCUUCGGAAAAUCUUCAAGACUUAAAAUGGCCAAAAACACCAAUAUUCGAAUCAGUCUCCCAGCAGUCUGCUUUGUCUGGCAGAUUGCAAUGAUUAUCCUGUUUGGCGUGUUCAUCCGUUAUGAUGAGGAGUCUGACACCCACUGGAUCGAACACAGAAGAAAGAAAAAUAUUUCCACAAAUUUAGAGAAUGACUUUUACUAUAGAUAUCCAAGUUUUCAAGAUGUGCAUGUGAUGAUCUUUGUUGGUUUUGGAUUUCUAAUGACCUUUCUGAAGCGUUAUAGUUUUGGUGGAGUUGGUUUCAAUUUUCUCAUCGCAGCGUUUGGAAUUCAAUGGGCUCUGCUGAUGCAAGGCUGGUUUCAUCACCUCGACGAAAAUGACUGGAAGAUUACAAUUGGGGUUGAGAACCUCAUUAAUGCAGAUUUCUGCGUGGCCAGCUGUCUCAUUGCUUAUGGCGCUUGUCUUGGAAAAGUCAGCCCAGUACAGCUGAUGGUUCUUACUCUUUUUGGAGUCACCCUGUUUGCUGUUGAAGAGUAUAUCAUUCUUGAACUCCUACAUGCGAAAGAUGCUGGUGGUUCCAUGGUCAUCCACACUUUUGGAGCAUAUUAUGGUUUGACCAUAUCUUGGGUGUUAUAUCGGCCAUUGCUAUCUCAAAGCAGGCAUUUACAAGGAUCUGUUUACCACUCUGAUAUGUUUGCAAUGAUUGGUACUCUCUUUCUUUGGAUGUACUGGCCCAGUUUUAAUUCUGCUAUUGCAGAUCAUGGAGAUGGCCAGCACAGAGCUGUUAUAAAUACCUACCUUGCACUGGCUUCAUCAGUUCUCACUACCUUUGCCAUUUCAAGUAUCUCACAGAAUAAUGGAAAGCUCGACAUGGUACAUAUUCAGAAUGCUACCUUGGCUGGUGGUGUUGCAAUGGGAACAGCUUCAGAGUUCAUGAUUACACCAUACGGCUCUCUGAUAGUGGGAUUCUGUUCAGGCAUUGUUUCCACAUUUGGAUAUCUCUUUCUGACUCCUUUUAUGGAAAAAACUCUGAAGAUACAAGACACUUGUGGAAUACAUAACCUACAUGCAAUGCCUGGAGUUAUAGGUGGUAUCGUUGGAGCAAUUACUGCAGCUUCUGCCAGUGAAUCAGUUUAUGGAAAAGAAGGGUUGAUUAACACUUUCGACUUCAAGGAUGCCGUUGCUAACAGGACAGUCAACAUUCAGGGUGGUUACCAGGCAGCUGGUCUUUUUGUAGCAAUAGCAUUUGGCCUUGUAGGUGGAGCUUUGGUUGGUGGGAUACUAAAGCUGCCAAUAUGGGGGGACCCAGCAGACGCCAACUGCUUUGAUGAUGAUGUUUACUGGGAGGUUCCUGAGGAUGAGGAUGAGAAUGUUCUAUCUAGACACCAAAACAUGAACCAUGCAAGAGGCAUACCAGAUGUGUGA